UUAUAAUCUGAUAUAAACUCAUUUUCUUCGUCCAUACCCUACCAAAAGAAUAUCUUAAACGAAUGGCUACAUAAAGGUAGAGUGUUAUUCAAGAAAAAUUAACCACCAUUAUCGUAAUCUCAUGAGUUCUGUUCACAGAUUAUAUUACCUAAAUAAUACUCCAAAUAACUUCAUUUAUUAUGUUUUUGCUUCCUUGAUUAUCCAUUUCUUAAUGUCUUCCUUAUAGAAGCAAAGAACAAAGAAGUUCCUUCAAACCAAAUAUCCUAAAUUACUACAAUAUGUUAGGAUAUAGUUUGUUCUUUAAUUUCUUCCAUUGUCUUUCUAUUUCUCAUUCGACUCUCUUAUUCAAGAUUCCAUGGAAGAUCUUAACACAUAUGCAGCUGAUUGCGUCGUUGUAUCGUGUUGUUGCAACUGUCUUGUUCUCCAACUCGCGAUCUUCAUCUUCCUUGGACUUCCUCAAAAGCUGGUCAAGAACACGAGAAAGUGCUACACAAAAUGGGGAAUAAACCGAAGAAGAAAACGAAUGGGUCUCGGUUGUGAAUGUAAAGAAAAAAUCGGGGUUGAUUCGGAAUGGAUAAAAGAGAUUAUGAGUAUAGAGAUGGAAGGCUUUGGGUGUAUUGAAGAAGUUGAAAAAUCUCUGGAGGAGUUUUCAAAGAAUGGUGAGUUUUUGUUUGGGAGCUUCUGGGGACAAGAGAGAAUUCAAAAUUCUUCGUCAAUGUCAAGUUGUUUUAAUUACAACUUUGACUUAAGAUUUGUAAGUCGUUAUGAGAUAAUAGAAGAAAAUUUCUACUCAUUGGAUUAUAUAUUCACAACUUCACAUAUUGAAAUUAGUGGAAAUAAAAAUAUCCACUAGGUUGGGAUUUUGCUUGUUCCUAGAAAUCCAUGUUAUAU